AUUGUUAAUACUUGUUAUAUGAGCUGAGCCCACUAUACACGACUAUAAUAAACUGCUGACAACAUGGUGACUAAAUUUAGUGUUCAUGUAUUACAAAUGGAAUCCGACAAAAAAACAAAUUAGGCUACACUCAUACAAUAUACACUCGUAAUUAGUAUAAGAGGAUGCCGACGCUCGUGGUUAUUGUAAAGUAAAUGUAUAUAAUAAUGCCUAAUAACUCAGACUUUUACUCACAACAUGGUAUACUAGAAAUUAAGUGCUCCGUACUGAAAAAAUGCCACAGGCCCCGCGUAAGAUAAAUCCGAUACACUCUUGAAGUGUUUUUAGAGCUCUUUAUCAGUAGAAUGGAGUAUAUCAACAGUGCAUUCCCACGGUAUACGAAUGUCAUCUGACAUCUAUAGUAUACAAAUACUGUAAAGCAGUUGGAUUUUUAAUUUGUUGAUGAGGAAAAUCCUGACUUCUCGAGUACAUUAUCAUAAGUCAUAUAGUGACAUGAUCUCGACAUUAAAUAGUAGACCAAGCAAUCGGUAAAGUUUCAGAAAAAUAUACUGAUUGUGUGUACAAUUACGUUGAUCUACAGGCCAUAUCAAGUUCCAGUUUCUCAGAUGUGGAGCCUUGUUUACACUACACUCGAUUUUUGGUACGGCACGGCUAAAAUGGGUACCCGUGCCCAUUUCAUCUGUACUCGGCCUUUUUUAUUUAAAGCGCCUGUGAACGAGGCUCAGCGUGAACACUAAAAAAAUGGGUACGGGUAUCAAUUUUAGCCGUGCCGUGCCAAUAAAUUGAGUGUAGUGUAAACGGGGCUUAAAUUGACCAUAACGAAAAAGAUGGCAGCAUGUACAUUUUACCACAAUGCAUUGCGAGCAUCAAGCAUAAAUGACUAACAAAGGAUGAGAAGAAAAUCACUUAAUGAUAUAAAACUUCAACACAAACGAAGAAAAUAACAUCCUUUCUUAUAUUUGUCCUUCAAAAAACUUCAAUUCGCUUUUUAAAUUAUUUUGAGACCGCAGUGCAUUAGUAAAAUGUACAACUUUUUAGUUAUCGCCGAUUACGUGCAUAAUGUAUACUGUAUAUAGCUUUGAAAUUCUAGAUGAUCAAUGUCAUCUGUCACAUCUCUUCCAAAAAAAUUUGAAAUAAAAAGUGAAAAAAUUCAGUCAUGGUCGAACAUAAAAAGUUGAUCCUUGGCCAAUAUUUUUUAAAAUUCAAAUUAAGAACCACAAUUAAGUUCAACUCGUAGAGGGAGUAUCAACUAUGAUGCACUAAAACGGUUCUAAUGAAAGAAAGUUCGGCCACACUGGCUUUAGUGCGUCACCCGGAAAUGGUCAAUAUGUAUCUAUAACUGACGCUGUUGUCACUCAGAUAACGCGUGCGCGUUUGGUCAAUAUAUGCCGAGCAAGUUAAUACUCUCCGAGUGAACGGUGCCAUAACAAUUUUUUAAGGUACGAUGCAUAACAAGCUUCUGCAAGUGAAUUAAUGGCGUACUUCGUGUAAGGAAGGUAUCAUAUGUAUAGUAUUUAUAGUAUAUAGUAUAUAUAUUGUGGUCUGACAGGCUGGGAGAUUAGUAUUAAAGCGUUCGCUGACUCGCCGUCCAUAUAGUUAUUGUUGGUUUCUGAUCCUAGUCCUAGACCUACAUAUAUCUAUGCCUUAUUAGAUAAUUACGUAUUGUAGGUUACUCAUGUACAAUGUCCGAAUUCACUUUUAUUUGCUUUGUGGGACAUUUUGUCUUGUAUAACGUGUAACCAGGGCCGCUAAGGUAUUAUGUUAUUUAUGUGAUAAAACAUCUAUCAUAUCAGUAUUUCAUGAAUGUCCUAUCAGUUGGUUGACCAUGAGGACCAUGUUAUUGUUUAUUAAUGGCGAAAACGAAAAUCGUCAGUUUCGAUCUCUCGUAUAUCUCUGAAUGGCGCUUUUCCGAUUAUAAUGAGCACAUUAACCAGCGCUGAACUGAUCCAUCUUAACUGGUACUGAGAAGUGAGAACCCGGAUCGCUAGUUAAAUAACGAAACUAAACGCAACGAAACUGAAAACAUAUUGACCAGUGGUAUAUAUAGUAUUUAAUAUAGGUGUUGCAUGGAAAUAAUAAUAGUGUAGAAAGUAGAAUAAUAACUUGUGUGGACCUGGUCAUAUUGUGAUUGCCGGGUUAUUUGCGAACUUAUUAAACAUGCAGAAUGAUAAAACAUUUCAACAACUCACUGUUUAUUCAUUGGACAAACUCUUGUUGUAAUAAAAUAUGAAAUAUCAUAUAGUACUUUCGUACAUAUAAAUACGCGGAAAACUAGAUAUAUUCGGCUCGGCUAUAUUUGAAUCAUUUGACUAUGAUAUAUUAUUGCUGUGUGUAAAGAGUGACUCAAAGAUUAUUUAGAUUUGCAUUUUGCAGACACAGCUGAGUGACAAAAUUUUUGUAAAAAUUAGGAGAACACUAUAAUUAUAUUUUCAUCUGGUUAGAACUUAGAACAUAGUUUUAAAGAAUCGUAAGUCAUGACGUUUGUUUGGCAAAAAAUUGCAGACUUGAUUUGACUAUGACAUCCGGUCCCGACGAAGAUUAUUAUGAUCAGUUGAUACGUUGGAAAAACAGGAAAACGAUACGUUGAAUGUUUACCAAAAAGCUGAAUUGCUGGUAUUAAAAUCCGCUUGAACCCGUGCUAGAAAUACAGUAUUGUCUUACGAUGUUUCAAUUCCGUUCUCAAACAUCUGGCCAACGUUCAUGAUCAAAAUGUUGCAGCCUCAAAAAAGCUUUAAUUAUUAUGUGACAACGAUCUUUUUCAAGUGGUCUUUGAGGAAUAUCAAAUAAGUUCAAUAUAUCGAGUGUACAAACAGCGGUGGCAAUAUUUUAGCUUGUUUACACAAGAAGGGGCUGUAAUUACGUUCAAGGUAAAAAUAUGAAUAAUUGUUUUGUAUGGCUCAGUCUCUAUCAACGCGAGGCUUUAAAUUGUUGAUUUAGCAGCGUGCAUCAAUGUCAUCUUUUAUCCAGCACCCAAUUUCUGAAACAUCAUUAAUAACCGUAUACCCGAUGCGGAUUUGUCAUCGACAACGUCACACGCAUGCGCAAAUGUGCAAAUAUAAAAGUCUCUGAUCUUAGUAAAUACAUAAAAAAACAUGACAAGCACUUUACCGGGUCUUAACUGAAACAAAAGUCAAACUAGAACUACAAGAUUGAGAAAGAAAAUACACAGUUUGUUACAUAACGUAGACAUCAGGAUAACUUUUUAAGAAAAUAAUACAUGCAAGCUUUUAGACGGUGCAUGCAUUGGAUCCUCAUGCAUCUUAAAAAGUGGCUAUAUGCGGAUGUAUUUAGCCAAGGAUAAGCCUAAGAUUUAUAUACAAUGCAUUUCAGAAGGAAAUAUAAACAUGUGCCAUUUAUACUAUUUAGUCCUAGAUUAUCUCGUGGUUUUACAGUUUUACUUUACAUGUUAGUUCCCAUUGCAGGACGCCAUACUGAUCUGUGUACAUAUAUAUACACAAAUUGGCAACAUUGAAAGUUAAUGACAAAUAUUUUCUCAGAAUAGUUGCCUGAUUGCAUCAUCGAUAAUAAGCAAUAGCCGUAUGUUAAAACUUGUUAACUUCAAUCAAGGCGAGCUGACAGUCCGCCUGUGGACGGACGACGGUCAUACAAAAUUUGUAUCAUAAGAUCCGUUGAGGGUGCUUUCAGAUCAAAACACCGUGAAUAAUAUAUGCUGUGUUUACCUAUUGCAUACAGUCAGUAUGUAUAAACCGCAAAUUACUUUUAAUAGUUAGGACUCGCUGUCGAAAAAAAUAAGUCAUGUUCGGAAUCGCGGAGUCGAUGACAACCAUAAGUGCUGCCUUUGUUAGGGCAGGUUAACUGUUACUAAUUAACAAAGACAAACGAAGAGACUAUGAACGUGAUAGCGGGCACCAGUCACACCACUUGGUUGCAAUGUCACAAGUACUCUCAAAUUAAGUUUAUCCUUUAAACCAGCUUUGGUCAAAAAAGCGUCAAUGGCAUCAUUUGUCUUCGACUCAAAGACUGUCUGGUAUGUUCUUAAAAAAAUAGCGGGAAGUCGGGAACCAGAGUAUUUUUACUACAAAACAACGCCAACGUCAACGGUAUCUCCGAAUAACGUAAGCAUUCUUAUUAUAUUUGGUGUCCCGAAGUAAGCUGUCGAAACGGUAAAUAAUAAAAAUGAUUACUUUUUUCAAAGUUACCGUUGGCGUUGUAUUGUAUUGUAGUGUAUGCAGCUUAGCUUAGCUUAGCUUAUUGUAUUGUAUGUAGCUUAAUAGCAAUUGGUGAUAUAUAUUUUCAAAUUUUCUCAUACACGCUGAAUGCGGCUCACUUCAAAGUAUUAUAUAAAUACGAUAAUGCUUUUCGAGUUUCUAUGUAAACAAUUUCAUUCUACUAAUUGUCGCCACGUGGUGAUGCCGAAAUAAUAACUUUCCAUACGAGCCGAUAUUUGCUUUUCCCUUCUAAUGCAAAAUUUUUGGAACUCGUAUAUAUUGACACACUCGAGAUAUGCUCGAAGCCUGACAUGCUGAAAAAUUCUACUCCGCAAGUACACACCAUCUCAAUAUGUUGCAAAAUUAACCAGUCGAAACGCGUACUUUUGUUGGAAUUUGCAUACGGGAUAUUAGAGUAAACAGUUCAUUGGCUGAGCAAGGGUAAAUAGAGAUUAUCAUCAUACAAGUUUGCAAGUCAGUUUACCGUUUGACCCUAUAUAACCGUUGUGUCAUGUGAAACUGAUAUGUCAAAUUAGUUUGCUUUUAUUUUAAGAAACAAUGGAAACAACAUGGAGAUUGUUUAUAAAAUCGAAAACUUUGAUCUAUUUAACAUCGUUAUUUCUUCUCACGCUGAAUUUUAAAUCAGGAGAAGGACAGUUACAGGUGUUGAACGAGUCUGCAGAUUAUGAUGGACGCGCAAGUAAUUUUAAUUGUAUACGUUGCCUAGUGUCUGGAUCUGGUGACAAGAUAUAUCGAUGGUAUCAUAAUGGAAAUCUUAUCAAUUCGCGCUAUAACUUAAGCUUUGUUUCGUUUAACGAAAAUACCCUGGUUGUGGAUAAGCACACUGUGGAUCUACGUUACGAAGGAAAAUAUCAGUUGUUCGUUUCAUCCCCAUUUGGUAGAAUAUUCUGUGGAAAAAUAGAUGUAAAAUUCAAAGUGGACGGGUCCUUUAUAGGAGGUCAGUCACAACCAGACAUUCGUCAAGUGGUGGUUGGACGACCUUACUCUUUGCAAUGUCCUAAACACUCCUACACAAGAGGCUGUGUUUACAAAUGGGGAGGACAUAGUCAUUCUACUGGUGUAAAACAUAUGAGAGAUUUCAAACAUCGUGUAGUUUUGCCGAACGGAACGCUAUUCUUCUCCGCAGUUGACGAUACAGAUAUAAUUGAUUUUGGCCUGAUGGGUGGUGGCCAUGGGUGUAUUUUAGAUUGUUUCUUUCCUAGCUUUCAUGGCAUGGCAAGAUCGCAUAAGAUAAAUUUCAAUAAAACAGGAGUGAACGCGUCACGGUUUGGACCGACGAUUGUUACUGCGAUCAAAGACAGGGUAGUCAGAUUGGGAACUGACUAUGUAAAGGUCACCUGCGCUGCUGCUGGAAGUCCAACGCCGUCAUAUCGUUGGGUAAGGAUUGACGACGAAAAUAACGAAGUGGACAUCACUAACACAAAAGAUAUUGAUUUUGGGGAUUUCAACCAUACGAUGGCAAUCCAAAAUGUCGACAUACAUCAUAACGGGACAUAUGCUUGCAUUGCAACAAUUGAUGCCAAACGUGAUAUGGUGCAAUGGAAGUUAAUUGUAAAAGUUGCACCUGUGUGGCUUCCUGAUGUUAAGAUCGAAGAUAAGGUUGUUGAUGUUUUUACUAAUCUAACAUGGGAAUGUAGAGCUACUGGGGACCCUGUGCCUAGAUACACAUGGUACGGUAAUGCUAGCAAAAUGGAUACAAGAAGUGAAAGACAUAGAAUUAAUGGCGGGAAAAUAUCAUUCAGCCGUGUUCACGUUGAAGAUACUGGAAUGUAUCAGUGUGUAGCAGAAAAUGAUUUUGGAUUCAUUUACCAAACUGUUUCAUUACACGUUCGAGCACGGAAACCAACAUUUAAUAUAUCAAGCAGCAUUGUCGUGUUCCUGAAAAAUUCUCAUGCAACUCUAACUUGUCAAGCUAAUGCAAUUCCACGGGCUAACUACACCUGGAGUAGAAAUGGCUUAAGUCUCCUUCCUAGCACUAAAUACCAAUACGUCAAUGACGGAGAGCUCCUCGUUAUUAAUGAGAAGGUGACAUAUGAGGAUGAAGGUGUAUAUAAAUGUACUGCAGUAAAUGCAUUUGGUAAAGCUGAAAAAGUGAUUAACGUCACAACAGAGCAUAUCACAUUUCUCAAAAAACCUGAAAGCAACUACAAUAUCAGCAGAGGAUCGUCCUUUGUCCUACAAUGCGAAGUCGAGUCAUCUCAAGAAUUCUAUUACAAAUGGAGAUUAAAUGGCCGUGAACUACAAUAUGACGACACUCAUAUUUUGGAGAAAAGCGGGAACAAAUUGGUGAAAUUGAAUAUAAAAAAUGCCAACGAAAUUGACAAUGGACGAUACGAAUGCGUCGCAUACAUAACCAAACCAGCUCCAGCUGAGAAGAGUGCCAGAGCCGACAUUUUUAUCACUGGUCCGCCAAAUGCUCUUCGUGGAUUUCAUUUGAAACAACGAUGUAAUAAUUUCACUGCGAUACUGAGAUGGGACAGUCUAGUGGGAUAUUAUAACAUCAAUGAAAUAUCAGUUAUUAUUGAAUGGCAGUCAACAUAUGACACUUCAGACCGCUGGUACAGGGUUUCUGAAAGAAUAAAUGCCACUUUGGGACAAGCGAAAGUGGAGAAGUUAUCACCUUGGGCGAAAUUUCGGUUUAGAGGAAUAACUCAGAAUAAAUAUGGCGAUGGGCCACCUUCUAAUACAACUAAAUAUAAGAAUUGUGAGACUUCACCAACCCGUCCAGAUAAAUGCCCUAAAAUCCUGGAGACGAGGAAUGUCGAAGAUGAGGGUUCAGGUGUUAUGACAAUCAAGUGGAAGGCAAUGACAGACAUCGAUUUUAACGGUCCAGGAUUUAAUUACGUCGUGAAAUACAAACGCCGUAAUGAUUCGAGAUGGAAUCACACUGUUGUUAAAAGAAGUGAAAAUAAGUUUACUUUACCAAAUGUUCCUGCAAGCCAAACGUUGGUUUUUAUGCUGCAAGCAAAUAACAGUCAAGGCCUUGGUCCUAGCUGUUUGGAAAGUAAUGUAUCCGAUCCAAAAUCAAAACCCGGUUUAAUAUCCGAAGUAAAAAUUAAAGAAAUUGGAUCAUCUAUGGUAUUGAUUACUUGGCAUGUAGAAAAUUCUGAUAUUGCAAAUAUAAAUGGCUACAAGCUGGAGUAUGGUGAAGUGGGAACGAUGACAAACAGAAAGAAGCGUUCUGAAUAUCGUGAUAAUUGUACCGACAUUUCCACCAACCCAUGUUCUACGGUGUUUAUACUUCAUCAACAGUCAACUAACGAAUACAGAUUGGAUGGUCUCAGUGCGACGACGCAAUAUAAUAUUUCUAUCAGAGCUUACAACAACAUAGGAAAUGGUCCGCCAACGUAUUUUACUUUUAAAACUGAUUCACCUGGUUUUAGUCAAAUAGUUGAUUCCCCGAUGUAUAAAAAGGACUGGUUCAUCACUGUCAUUUCUAUGAUUGUUCUGCUAAUGUUCAUUAUUGUCCUUAUAAUCGUUGUUUUGAAUUUAAAACGUUCCAAUCGAUACAAAGUGGGAGAACGAGAGAGAAUGAGGGGCGGAUUUCACAAUAUGCACGAUCUUCACGAUCCUCAACCAUUCAUUUCACCGUUUAAAGACAGAGCUACAAGCCUGAAAUCUGGUGUUCACGUUUCGGACGGAUCAACCUUGGCAGGUGAUGAGGAAGUUAGCUUGGCAAUGUCUACAGAAGAUAAAUAUGACGACGACGAAUCGUUUGUUGGAGAGUAUUCAGAUAAGGGUUCUACGAAGAAAUUCGAAGAGAUGUUCGUCUGAAUCUUCAUGAAAUGGUUUUGCCAGGAGUUGAUACGAUCUCGCAAUUGUUUCAUCGACCUGCUUUCAACUACAAGCCAUCUAAGUUACUCACACAGUUAGUUCUACUUCAUGGUAUGCUUCUUUCACGGCAUAGAAACGACUUCGUGUAGACAUGCGCAGUUGGUGCCUUAUCUUAGUGUUUUACAUUGCGGGGAAUUAUUAGUUUCAUCUGUCCAUGCAUCGAAUUUGCGCGUUUACUGAGUGUAAAAAAGUAAGAAAAAAAGAAACCAUAGCGGUCACGUCCUCUUAAAGGUCGUGUUGAUGACUUGAUGUGUAGCUUCUACGUUGAAAUGCUUGUGACAAAAAUGAAUUUUGCACCUUUUUCCCGUUGAAAGUACGCGUCUGAUAAUAUAUGUAAUUUAGAAAUUAUUUGACGGAAUUAAACUCUCAUACAUACUCUAAGAAGAAGCCUGGAAGAAGCUACUGCAUGUUCUUUCCGAAUAAAACAAAUUCAUUUUCGCCACAUAUGUACUUUGAGUAAGCGAUGUGAUCCCGUUCAACGUUUACACUGUAUAUGUGCCCAUGGCGUCGUUUCAAUUUAUAUUUUUACGCAAAAGAUGAAACGACGCGAAUAUAUAACCAUGUGAAACAUGGAUACGCUAUGAAACGAGGUUUUCAGUUGUAAAAAGCAAUAGACUGCAUGAUGCUGUUAAAUUUUGAAUGGUCUAUUCAUAUAACUUUAUGAUGAAGAGUGGAACCUUUAAGGAUUACGUUCGGAGCAUAGAGAGGAAAUAGAUUUUUAGGAUUGAUGUGAUGUUGUAUAUUAUGUAAAAUACAAUAUGUGUAUUUUGUAACUUAUUAUGAAAUAAAGAUAAUUUAACUUAUAUGGUAGUAACGGAGUUGACGAGAGUUGCAAA